GGGUUCCUGCCCCCAACCCCACUCCAACCCCACCCCCGUUUUUAAAUAUGAUGGCGACCGUGCUGGAAAGCUGAGCGGAGAAGUUACAAGAAAAGACUACGCUCAUCCAGCGACAGGAACACGAAGAAGAAGAAGACGAAGAAGAAGCAGCAGAAGAAGAAGAAAACAGGAACUGCGUGCGGUGCAUCUGGAACAGCUGGGCUUGCCUCCACCGGUCCGUGUUUGCGCUAAUGGGAGAUCUCAGUGUGCAGUUGCGCCGAUCGAGGUCGGCCCGUAAUCCGAGAGCUUUGCGCGGACAUGGACCCACGGGGGUAUUUGUUGCGCAUUGGCUACGCGGCCCCGGCGGCGCCGUCCACUCUGAGCGCGCUGCGGUCCCUGCACAACAGCCAUCUGCUGUCGGUGCCCUUCGAAAACCUGACCGUGCACAGCGGCGGGCGGGUACAGCUGGACCUGCCGCCCCUGUAUGACAAAAUUGUCCGACGACGUAGAGGGGGGUUCUGUUACGAGAACAACACCCUGUUUUCCUGGCUACUCUCCCAAGUAGGUUUCCAGGUCACCUUGCUCUCGUGUCAAGUCAGGAAUUCCAUAACCUGCAGAUACGGGCCCCCCUUCGACCACUUGGCCUUAAUGGUGGCCCUUGGGGGCCAGCGUUGGCUGUGCGACGUCGGCUUCGGUGCGCUGGGCUUUCGUGACCCUCUUUCCCUGGACACCGGCGAGCCUCAGAGACAAGGCCACCGGGUGUAUCGCGUCAGAAAGGCCUCGGACAUGCACUUUCUGGAGGGGAAAGGGCAGGGAGACGUAAAAGAAGAGGAGUGGGUGGAGAUCUACAAGUUCACGCUGCAACCUCGGCGCCCGGAGGACUUUGCUGAGAUGUGCGUCUAUCACCAGACCUCCCCCAGCUCCCUCUUCUUCUGCAAGUCCCUCUGCUCCCAGUUGCAGCCGGGUGGGAGGCUCACCUACAUCGGGCAUAAACUUAUCUCCACCACAUUCCCCACCCAGCAACCGGGGAGUACAUUACACAUCGUUACCAGAGAACUAGAGGACGAGGAGAUUCCCGUUAUUCUCAAGGAACAUUUUGGAGUUGUGCUGACCUCCCCGCUUAUCCCGAAGGAUGAGGCAAUCACACCACCUUUAACCAUGUACUGAUCAGAUGUCUACGUAGCCGACACACAUUUCACUUAGAUAUUCGCUUUUUACCUCAGUACAUGCACACAAAACUAAUGCAACAAGAAAAAAUUGUCACUUUAAUUUAAUAAAUUAAUAUACAUA